AACCAAACUCAACUCAACUCAACUGAAUCUCUCUCUCUCUCUCUCUCUCGCAAUGUUUCCACUACUACUCUUCCUCCUCCUCCUCUCAGUCUCUCCUCCGGCGACUCAGUCUCUGAACCAAGACGGCCUUUUUCUGCAGCAAGUCAAGCGCAGUCUCUCCGACCCGACCGACUCUCUCGCCUCCUGGAACGACCGCGACGACACACCAUGCAGCUGGAGCGGCAUCACCUGCAAAAACGUCAGCGUCACCUCCGUCAACCUCUCCAACUUUCUGCUCGCCGGGACGUUCCCGACCAUCCUCUGCCGCCUCCCCUCUCUCUCCUACCUCUCUCUCUACGACAACCUCAUCAACUCCACCCUCCCCCCCGAUCUCUCCGCGUGUAAAGACCUCCAGUACCUCAAUCUGUCGCAGAACCUCCUCGUGGGCCGCAUCCCGGAGACCCUCUCUCAAAUCCAGAAUCUCCGGUCUUUGGACCUCUCCGGGAACAACUUUUCCGGCGAGAUUCCUCCGAGUUUCGGAGAGUUUCGGCAUCUCGAAACGCUCAACCUGAUUGAGAACCUUCUGAACGGUUCGAUACCCAUUUCUCUCGGCAACAUUUCGAGUCUGAAGGAGCUUAUGCUUGCUUACAACCCGCUCUCGCCGAGUCCGAUACCGAGUGAACUCGGCAACCUGACGAGUCUCGAGGUGCUAUGGCUCGCUAGGUGUAACCUCGUGGGUCAGAUUCCGCCGAGUCUUGGCGGCCUGACUCGCCUGACAAACCUCGAUUUAUCUUUGAACCGACUCACUGGGUCAAUCCCGAGCUCGAUCACAAAGUUGAAAAGUCUAGUCCAGCUUGAGCUAUAUAACAACUCGCUUUCUGGCGAGUUGCCGUCGGGGACGUCGAACAUGACAUCGUUGUUGAGGCUCGACGCGUCGAUGAACGAGUUGACUGGGACGAUUCCGGGGGAGUUGUGUGGCUUGUCCCUCGAGUCACUGAACCUGUACGAGAAUCGCUUCGAAGGGUCUCUACACGAGAACAUAACUCGGUCAGCAAAGUUGAACGAACUCAAGCUCUUCAACAACAAACUCAGUGGCCCAUUACCGAGUCAACUCGGCAGGAACUCGCCGUUGCAGUACGUUGACCUUUCGUACAAUGGAUUUACCGGUCAAAUUCCAACCCAUUUGUGUGAAAAGGGUGUGUUGGAAGACCUCCUUUUGAUAUACAAUUCGUUUUCCGGGAAAAUUCCUGAGAGUCUGGGAAAAUGCCAGAGCUUAGGCCGGGUUCGGUUGAAGCACAAUAAGCUUUCGGGCACAGUUCCUGAAACAUUCUGGGGAUUACCCCAUGUCUAUUUGCUUGAGCUUGAAGACAAUUCGCUGUCUGGAAACAUUGCUACAACGAUUUCCGGUGCACAUAAUCUGUCUUUGUUGUCGAUUUCCAAAAACCUGUUUUCAGGGUUGAUACCUGAGGAGAUAGGGGCGCUGAGCAAUCUUGUUGAGUUUUCGGGUAGCGAAAAUAGGCUUACAGGUCGAAUUCCGGGGAGUAUUGUGAAGUUGAGUGAAUUGGGCAAGCUUGAUCUUCGUGAUAAUGAGCUUUCUGGGGAGAUUCCGGUGGGAAUUCGAGCUUGGAGGAAGCUCAAUGAGCUUAGUUUGGCGAACAAUACGUUAUCCGGCGAAAUCCCAGGUGAAAUUGGGAGCUUGCCGGUGCUUAAUUAUCUUGAUCUUUCUGGGAACCUCUUUUCCGGGAAAAUCCCACUGGAAUUGCAAAAUCUGAAGCUCAAUUUGCUCAACUUAUCGGAUAACAGGCUGUCCGGUGACCUCCCUCCUCUUUAUGCUAAUAAAAAUUACAGGAGUAGCUUCGUCGGCAAUCCGGGCUUGUGUGGCGACCUUCCUGAUCUUUGUCCUAGCGUAGGUGGAAGAAGCAAGAACCAGGGCAGUUUGUGGAUUCUUCGAUCCAUCUUUAUGCUCGCCGGCGUUGUUUUUGUUGUUGGUGUCGUAUGGUUGUAUUGCAAGUAUCGGACAUUCAAGAAGAACAAGAAAGGAAUUGCUAUGUCCAAGUGGAGGUCGUUCCACAAGCUUGGUUUCAGCGAAUUUGAAAUUAUCGAUACCCUCAAUGAAGAGAAUGUGAUCGGGACCGGAGCUUCCGGGAAGGUUUACAAGGUUGUGCUUAGCAAUGGGGAGGUGGUGGCGGUGAAGAAGCUAUGGGGAGGAGCGAAGAAGGAGGAUGGCAGUGCUACUGAUUCGGAGAGAGAUGGGUUCGAAGCUGAAGUUGAAACGUUGGGGAAGAUCAGGCACAAGAAUAUUGUGAGGCUAUGGUGUUGCUAUGACACCGGCGAUUGCAAGCUUCUGGUCUAUGAAUUCAUGCCCAAUGGAAGCUUGGGGGAUUUGCUGCAUAGCGGCAAGGGAGGGUCGUUGAAUUGGCCGACAAGGUAUAAGAUUGCUCUCGACGCGGCUGAAGGGCUGUCGUAUUUGCAUCAUGAUUGUGUUCCUCCCAUUGUUCAUAGGGACGUGAAAUCAAACAACAUAUUGUUGGAUGGAGAGUUGAGAGCCAGAGUUGCAGAUUUCGGAGUUGCUAAGGCUGUUGCAGCAGCCAGCAAAGGGGUGGAAGCCAUGUCUGGCAUCGCAGGCUCCUGUGGUUACAUUGCUCCAGAAUAUGCUUACACGCUUCAUGUGAAUGAGAAGAGCGACAUAUACAGUUUCGGAGUGGUGAUUUUGGAGUUGGUGACAGGAAGGUUCCCAGUUGAUCCAGAAUUCGGAGAAAAAGACUUGGUGAAAUGGGUGUACACCACCGUGGACCAGAAGGGAGUCGACCAUGUAAUCGACACCAAACUGGGUUCUGAGUACAAGGAAGAGAUCAGCAAAGUUGUCGACAUCGGCCUUCUUUGCACCAGCCCGCUUCCAAUCAACCGCCCGUCGAUGCGGAAGGUGGUUAAGUUGCUCCAGGAGGCAGGGGCAGAGAGCAGGUCCAAGAUGGUGGCUAAGAAGGAUGGGAAGCUCUCCCCUUAUUACUAUGAAGAGGCCUCUGAUCAAGGAGCUAGGGUUUAAAGAAUGAGACACUUUCGCUCCCCUCCCGCACUUUAAGUGCACUCUCUCCCUAACGUGGCAGUGAAAAGAAAAUUAUCAUGUAAUAUUGUAAUUUUCACUAUUACGUAAGAAAGCGUGUGUAUAAAAUUUCAUUUAUCGGAGUUCUGGUAUCCUUAUGAUGCCUGCUUGCUUUCAUGGGGGGUAAGGUAUUGAUUGCACUGAUGAGAGAGAGAGAGAGAGAGAGUUUCACUUGAAAAUGAUAGCAUAGGGCCCAAGAUUAGGACGUUAAUGGGUGUAGCCAUUAAAUUUAUCUAGCAGCGUAGUUGCUGGUUCCUCCUUUAUUAGGUGUGAUUGUAACAUGCAACUGUGAAAAAUAUCAGAAUAGGGGACAUAUUUUCCCUGUUAGCUAAGGCAGUGAUCCUCUAUUUAAGAA